UUAAUGUAUGUUUAUAAAUAAACAAAUGGCAAGCAAUUUUUCAAUAAAAAACACGAUUUUUUUAGUUUUAUUUUUGAUUUAUGAAUUUUUUUGGGCACUUUACCGAAAAAGAAUAUGUUUUAUUGAUACAUAUAUCGUGGCAUGGAUAGUCAAGCUUCAAGGUAAGAGUAUUUUUGAAAUUUUAUUUCAAAAUGGCGACUAAAGUAGAUUUUUUAUUGCAAAUUCUUAGUAGGGUGUACAAAAUUCUGAGAACGUGAAGAUAUUUUAUAAAUCUUACAAUAUAUGAGUUUUUGGGGUCGCUGAUUACAAAUCCGGUGUCAGUUUUCCAAAUUCAAAAUGGCGGAUCCAAUAUGGCAUAAUUAAAUUUUUUCAGAAUAAAAUCGAUGUGCAUUGUACCCUUUUCUAUUAAUCCUAAAAAUUUUAGCCCAAAAUAUUUUUUCAUUUUAGAGAAAGUUUUGGUUUUCGCAAAACACAUUUUCCCAUUCUAGGUAACGUUGGAGUUUCUUAAAUGCCGUUAAACAAAUGUAUCUUCAUACUCAUUCAUACUCAUCAAUUUUUUUAAUGAUGGUUUCUUAUAGUUUAAGGUCCUAAAAAUACAAUGCAACUAGUCCUCUAGGACAUCAGCAAGUCGUUUAAAUUAAAUUUUAAAAUUUCAUAUUUUUACUUUUGCAAAACAAAUUAUUUAUAACAAUAAGACUGAUGUUCAAAAAAUUAUUUAACCAUAAAAAUCGUAUUCAGCAUAAAAAAUACAUAAGAAACACUUAUCUAGGUCCUUUGAAAUAUUAAAUGUUUCAAGAAAUAUAUUUUAAUUAGUAGUAAGACUUAAAACGCGUUUUUCUCGAAAAGUUGAUUUUGGUCGAUAACACCGUUUUCUCAGACCCGGUCACAUAUAUUCAUACUUUUUUUCAAAUGACCUGAAAGAAUAAAAAUUUGUUUACAAUAAAAAAAAAUAAUAAUAAAUGAAAAUAUUAAUUUUUAAUAAACUUUAUUAAAAAUUAUUAUUUUUAAAAUAUAAAUUUAAAAAAAAUGUCGUUAAUAUUUAUCGAAAAUCGAAUCGAAAUAAUCGAAAGAAACUGAAACUUUUUAUUCUCUUAACAGAAUUUGUAAAAUUUAAUAAUUAUCAAAUUACACACCUCUGAAAAUAAGUCUGCAUUUAAAAACCAAUUAAGAAAAUACAAACAAUAAUAAAAAAUUAACAAUGAACAAUCUUUUUUAUGUUAAGUACAUAAAAAUUUAAUCUAUUUUAAGAGGUCGACUUAAUCUCCUUUGAUGUGGAAUCGACCAUGUAAAAAAUUGUAAACCUAUAUAUUCUUGUACAUAGAAUUAAUGUGUUAAUAGAAACUUUAUUUGUAGGCUCUUUUAAAAAAAAAGAAAAAGUUACGACUAGAUGCAGCUUUAGAUCAGUUUCCAGAAAGACUUCAUGCUCUUAGAGAAAUUAUGGCUUUACCAUUGCUACCGGCAAAUGAAAUUGAACGAGCUUUCAAUGAACUUGUAACUUCCUUAUCUGCUCCUACACGACGAAUUAUGGGGCCUCUUCUUCGUUACUACCGGCGACAAUGGUUAAGAAAAGUAACACCUCAAAUUUUUAGUGUUCAUAACCUUCGUAGGCGUACUAAUAAUAACAUCGAAUCAUAUCACAGAACAUUAAAAGACCGGUUCGGAUUGCAUUCAAACAUUUGGACUUUUAGUGAUAACCUUGUAAAAUAUCAAGCAUGCCUGGAAAUUGAUUUGAAGUCUCUUGAACGAGGUCACAACAGCAGACUGCCCAAAACAACGAAUGUUAUAAAAGACGCCCAAAUUUUAGAUGCCUGGAGACAACUUCACCAACCAGGAGGCCUAACAACAAAGCAGUUUUUACAAAAAUGUGUAAACAUCUUUAUCGACCCACUUGAAGCUUAUUUCAACGUAAACUUAAAUGACUAAAGGAUUUAAGUAAAGAUAAGAAGUUUGUUUAAAUGAAUGUAGGGUAAAUUUUAUUUUUCUUAAUAAUUGUUUAAGAUUUAAAAGCACACUCUAGAAAUUUGGAAUAAAGUCAAGAUAUUUGUUAAAAUAAGAUUCAUCAUGAGCUAAAAGUUCUGAACGUUCAAAUGAACAAAAAAAAUUUUUUCACUCCAUAAAUUAUUAAAAAUUAUAAUGAAAAUGUAAAAUAAAACAGUAAAUUAAACAAUUAUUAAAUAAAUAACACUUUUUUAGUUAUAUAAAACAAUAUUUUGUAAUACAAUUCGUACUUUUAAGUUAAAAAUUUCGUUCAUUUGAACGUUCAAAACUUUUGGCUCAUAAUUCAUCGGCAUGGUAG